AUGUCGCGAAAAAUAAACAACAUCAAUGAAGAGUUGAAGGCUAUCAAUCAGUUAGCCAAUGACCUCGGUCUCAAACCACUGAUGGUUCCUUCUCAGAAAAUACUUCCAAUUCGAGAAACAGAUUCCUUAGUUGUUGCUUCGGAUGUUGUUGGUAGAGACAAAGAUGUUGCUGAAAUAAAAGAGAAGAUUUUGAACAUGAGAAAGGAUGCUGUUCUGUGCACCAUUCCCAUAGUGGGUAUGGGGGGUUUAGGGAAAACUACUCUGGCUAAGAGAAUUUUCAAUGACCAACACAUCAAGCAGCAGUUCGAAAAGAGAGUUUGGUUGUGCCUACCUGAAAUGGUAGAAACUAAGAGCUUUCUUGAACUGAUCCUCGAAUCAUUGACAAAGAGGAAAGUUGAGGUCCAAAGCAGAGAUAUAAUAGUCAAGACGCUACAAGAUGCAUUGGGAGAAAAAAAGUAUUUGCUUGUCCUGGAUGAUUUGUGGCAUGUUGACUCUACAUCAUGGCAUGAGUUCAUGGACACCUUGAGAGGAAUAAAUACAUCCAGAGGAAACUGCAUUCUCGUGACUACUCGUAUCAAACAAGUGGCAUCCACAGUAGCAGUAAAUCUUCAUAUGUUGGGGAAAUUAACAGACUAUCAUUGUUGGUCCAUUUUCAAACAAAGAGUAUUUGUUGAUGGGGAAGUUCCGGAGGAAAUACUGAGCAUAGAGAACAAGAUAGUUGAAAUGUGUCAAGGUCUACCGUUGGCUGCAAGUGUGUUGGGAGGCCUCUUAUGCAACAAGGAAAAACAUGAAUGGCGGGCAGUUCUUGAUGGAAAUCCCCUUGUUGCGGGGGAAGAUGAUAACGGGGAAAAUAGCAUAAAGAAGAUCCUAAAACUCAGCUAUGAUUAUCUACCAUCUCCACAUCUGAAAAAGUGUUUUGCUUACUUUGCCAUUUUUCCAAAAGAUUUUGAGUUUGAAAAGGACCAGCUUAUCCAACUCUGGAUGGCAGAAGGUUUUCUCGGUCCAUCUCAAGAGACCACUUUGAUGGAAGACGUUGGGAACAAGGUUUUUCAACUUUUGUUGCAAAAUUCCUUGCUGCAAGAUGUUAAGCUAGAUGAUCUGAACAAAAUAAAAUACUGUAAGAUGCAUGAUCUUGUGCAUGAUUUGGCUGGAGAUAUUUUAAAGUCUAAACUAUUUGAUCAAAAGAGUAUUGGAGGAGAAAAUCUUUCUCAAGUCCGAUACUUUGGAUGGGACUCACCAAGUGAUCAAAUAGAUAAGAUAAACGAGUCAGGACGUUUGUGCACAUUGUUCUGGAAAAGAAUUAUAUCUGAAAAACUGUUGUUGAGCUUUCAGUUCUUGAGAGUUUUAAAUUUGUCCAGGUCAGGCAUCAAGGUAUUGUCAGCCAAAAUCGGCAAGCUAAUAUACUUGAGAUAUCUUGAUCUCUCCAGCACUGAGAUCAAAGCCUUGCCCAACUCCAUUUGCAAGCUCUACAAUUUGCAAACAUUUAGAAUCAAUAGUUGUUACUCACUUAGGAAGCUUCCAGAAGAAAUGGCAAAUAUGAUAAGUUUGAGACACAUAUAUUGCGACUUUCAUUACCAAACAUAUCUUGAUUUUGCGGGUUGGAGAUCAAGGUUUAUAGGUAAUUAUCAGUUUCAGAUGCCACUUAAUAUGGGGCAAUUGACUAGUCUUCAGACACUACAGUUUUUCUAUGUAGGUUUAGAGACAGGUCGUCGAAUAGAAGAAUUAGGUCAUUUGAAAAACCUUAGAGGUGAAUUGACGAUCAAACAUCUCCAAUUAGUCGUAAAUAAAGAAGAGGCUCGAACAGCAUAUUUACAGGAGAAACCAAAUAUCUACAAGCUGACAUAUUUAUGGACCCAUGAUGAAUCAGAAGGCUGUGAGAUCAAUGAUGAGCAUGUUGAAGGAUUGCUACCAAAUUUGGUCAAGUUGAAAUUAAGUGGCUGCAAAAGGUGCAAAGAAAUUCCAUCGCUUGGCCAACUGAAGUUCCUUCGGCAUCUUGAGCUGAUAGGAUUCCUUGAAUUGGAAUGCCUUGGAUCUACAUUUUAUGGCGUUGAUGUUAAUGAUAAAGGAUCAAGCAGCAAUAAUGGCAAUAUCCAAGUGUUCCCAUCACUGAAAGAACUAGUAUUGCAGAAUAUGAAUAGCCUUAUUGAGUGGAAGGGUGAUGAAGUUGGAGUUAGAAUGUUUUCUGCGCUUGAGAAGUUGAGGAUCACAAAGUGUCCACUGUUAGAAGGUACCCCACGUCAAUUGGAAAUCCUCCGUGAAUUAAGCAUUGAAGGAGUUGACAGUGAAAUGCCAUUGUUGAACUUGUGUAGCAACUUGACAUCUCUGGUAAAGCUUAUUGUGACUGAUGUGGAAGAGCUCACUUGUCUUCCUGAUGAGAUGCUACGCAAUAACGUUUCUCUUCAACAACUAUUGGUCACACACUGCAGAGAGUUUCGUGAAUUGCCCCAAAGCCUGUACGAUCUCCAUUCUCUUGAGAGCUUACAAAUACUCUUCUGCACCAAUUUCAGUUCUCUUCCUGUUCCCAGUGUAGAGAAUCGUUUGACUUCCCUCCAAAGUCUUGAUUUAUCACUGUGUAUUGGAUUGACCAGUUUACCAAGUGGAAUGCUAGAGCAUUGUCGGUCUCUACAGACUUUGAAGCUCAGCUGUUGUCGCAACUUAGUUUCCUUGCCUUUGCACGUAUGGGAAAUGCCUUCAAUUUCAUAUUUGGGUUUAUCAAAUUGUCCCAAGUUGAUUAGUGUACCCACAGGGGGCCUUCACCACCUCACAGGGUUAAAGGUAUUGGAAAUUGGUCCUUUCUCAGAGACCGUGGAUUUUGAGGCAUUCCAAUUGAUUUUUAAUGGCAUUCAACAACUAUCGUCCCUUCGUACAUUGGAGGUGUAUGGAUGGACGCGUUGGGAUUCUCUGCCUUAUCAACUUAUGCAACUAUCUGCCCUAACAAAGAUCUGUAUAUAUGAUUUUGGAAUUGAGGCUCUUCCUCAUAGACUUGACAACCUUACUUCUCUUGUAACAUUACAUCUAAUGGGGUGCCAAAGGCUACAACAUGUGGACUUCUCAGAUAUCAUGCCCAAAUUACGAUAUCUGGAGAUCCAUUAUUGUCUAUUGUUAGAAGGUCUGUCGGAUGGGCUUGGCAACCUUGUUUCUUUGGAAGAAUUAAGUUUACGUAACUGCGUGAAACUACAACAUCUUCCAUCCAGAUAUGCCAUGCUGCGCCUCACUAAAUUAUGGAAACUUCUAAUUAAAGGCUGCCCGCAGUUAGAAGAAAGUUGCACCAAUCGGAGUAGCCCAAACUCCCAGUGGUCCAACAUUUCCCAUAUUCCAAAAAUUGAAAUUGAUGGUUGA